AUGUUGGAGGUGUCGAGGGAGGAGAUCAGCAAGAAAGUCCCCGACGACGCCUACGGCCUGCGUCGACUCUACAAGACCGUCGUCUACGUCCUUGACCGGUGGCUAUACGAACCUCUUGCCACCAGUCUGCGUUUCUGUCAUUUGCUCGUCAUAUUCGUGCCCGUCAUUGUCACCAUCCCCGCCGCGUUCCUGGGUCCGAGGAGAAAAGAUCACGAUAACGAAAGAGCCGGGACAAUCUGGUGGUAUGGGUUUCUGGUGAGCUCGAUGGAGAGAGCAGGGCCUGCUUUCAUCAAACUCGGUCAAUGGGCUGCGUCCAGGAGCGACAUCUUCCCCGCCGAGAUGUGCAGACAGAUGUCCGAACUCCAUUCCAAUGCACCGGCCCAUUCUCUCCGCCAUACCAUCAAGACCAUCUCAGAGGCGUUUGGGGGGAGGUCUUUCAAUGAAAUCUUUGAGGAGUUCGAUGAGAAACCCCUGGGCGUCGGCGCCAUCGCACAAGUCUACAAGGCAAGGCUCAAGCCGGACCUCGCGAAGCCAGAUGACAGCGACCUCGAGGCGCAAGACAAACACAGACUCAGGGAUAGGAUCAGGAGGAAUGUUGACGCCCUCGUCAAGUCAAGCCCGCAACGAGUCCCUUCAGCGUAUGUUGCCAUCAAGGUUCUACAUCCAAAGGUGGAACGCAAUGUCCGCCGAGAUCUCAAAAUUAUGGCCAUCUUUGCCGCCAUCAUCAAUGCCAUCCCAACCCUGGAGUGGCUCGAUCUCCCGAACGAAGUCCACAACUUCGGCGAGAUGAUGAGGCUGCAGCUCGAUCUCCGGAUUGAGGCCGCCAAUCUGACCAUUCUUCGAAAACAUUUUCAGCAUCGAACUACGGCAUGGUUCCCUUAUCCAUACACAGACUUCACGACUCGCACUGUCCUUGUGGAGGAGUUCGCUCAAGGGCUUCCGCUCGCAGCUUUUCUAGAAUCUGGAGGUGGCGCUUUUCAAAAAGACAUUGCAAACGAGGGAUUAGAUGCGUUCUUACACAUGCUUCUGAUAGACAAUUUUGUUCAUGCCGACCUUCAUCCGGGCAAUAUAAUGGUCAACUUCUACAAGCCGGUCAAUCCGGGCAUGGGGCUGGAGGUCAAGUUGCCUGCUUAUAUGUCUCGACAAGACGCAUCUCAGCCAGCGACGGCGUCCGAAAUCGACGAGUCUGAGGCAGUUCUAUCGCGGUUACGUCCGCACAUGGGGAAAAAGAAGGAAUGGCUAGCCGCCUUGGACCAGCUUGAUAAGGAGGGUUACAUACCACAGCUGAUCUUCAUCGACACAGGCCUGGUCACGGAACUAAAUGCAAAGAACAGAGCCAACUUCCUGGAUCUCUUCCGUGCCGUUGCCGAGUUCGAUGGCUACAAAGCUGGGCAUCUGAUGAUCGAACGAUGUCGCCAGCCUGAUGCUGUUAUCGAUGGCGAAGUGUUUGCCCUCAAAAUGCAGCAUCUCGUUCUGGCCGUCAAAGGCCAAACCUUUGCUUUGGGCAACAUCAAGAUCGGUGAUGUUCUUUCGUCCGUCCUCGGCAUGGUCAGGGCCCAUCAUGUCAGAAUGGAGGGUGAUUUCGUCAACGUGGUCAUCUCAAUUCUGCUUUUGGAGGGUAUUGGAAGAGCACUGGAUCCUGAUCUUGAUCUCUUCCAGAGUGCCCUGCCAAUACUGCGACAACUUGGAUCUUCAGACCCCGGAGCCGUCCUUAAGAGCUUCAAAGAGGGAGACUUCUCUUUGCUGAAGAUCUGGGUUGGACUCGAAGCGCGAAGAUUCUUCCAAGCGAGCGCAGAAAGUGUCGAGAUGUGUGUCAAGUACGACUUGCUUAGUCCCAAUGUGUGA